AUGUGGCUGUACCUGGCGGUCCUCGUGGGCCUGUACUACCUCCUGCGCUGGUACCGGGAGAGGCAGGUGGUGAGCCUCCUCCAGGACAAGUUCGUCUUCAUCACGGGCUGUGACUCGGGCUUCGGGAACCUGCUGGCCAGGCAGCUGGACCUGCGAGGCUUGAGGGUGCUGGCUACGUGUCUGACGGAGCAGGGGGCCGAGCAGCUGAACGGCCAGACAUCAGACAGGCUGGAGACGGUGAUCCUGGACGUCACCAAGACUGAGAGCAUUGCUGCGGCCGCCGAGUGGGUGAAGGAGCGUGUCGGGGACAGAGGACUCUGGGGCCUGGUGAAUAAUGCCGGCAUUUGCACUCCCAUGGCACCCAAUGAGUGGCUGACCAAACAGGACUUCGUAAAGAUGCUCGACGUGAACCUGUUGGGGAUGAUCGAGGUGACCCUGAGUCUGCUGCCCCUAGUGCGGAAGGCGAGGGGCCGUGUGGUCAACGUCUCCAGCGUCAUGGGCCGCGUGUCCCUCUUUGGUGGGGGCUACUGCAUGUCCAAGUACGGCGUGGAGGCCUUCUCAGACUCCCUCAGGAGGGAGCUCUCCUACUUCGGAGUGAAGGUGGCGAUGAUUGAGCCUGGUUACUUCAUGACCAAUAUGACCAGCCCUGAGGUGUUUAAUGGAAGCCUCCAGGCAUCAUGGGAUCAGGCCAGCCCAGAGAUCAAGGAACUCUAUGGAGAGAAGUUCGUGGCUGACUUCAUGAAGACAUCUAAUUUAUUGAAGCCAUCAUGGUCCGGGAAUCUGUCCUUGAUGACCAACUGCAUGGAGCAUGCCCUGACCUCCUGCCACCCCCGCACCCGGUACUCCGCUGGCUGGGACGCCAAGUUCUUCUACCUCCCCGUGAGCUACAUGCCCACCUUCCUGGUGGAUCUCAUGAUGUACUGGGGUGCCCCACGGCCUGCUAAGGCCCUGUAA